AUGUUUAACGAUGUCCCCUCACGUUCUCAAAUUCUAUCAUACACCUUCGUCGACAGUUGCGUCACCAUAGCUGGUGUAACGAUCAUAGCGUAUGAUUAUCUCUGCACCUUGAAAGAAGAGAUAUCAUAUGCAUGGUCGUGCCCGUGGUCCAUGGGACUCAUUCUCUUCUAUUUAAACCGGUAUCUACCAUUCCUUGAUCAAUCGAUUCUGUUAUACAUUCAUUCGAAAGGUUCCAAAUCUAAAGUAUCUGCGUGCACAAUAGACGUGCUUCAGGCUCUAUGGAGUAACACUCUCUUCGAUUUCUGUCGGUUUUCUGUCUUAAUUCUAACGUUGAGGACGUGUGGAAUGUGGGAGAGACGACGUUGGGUCACGACAUCCCUCGGAACGCUGAUGUCGGUAUCCAUUUUAUUCGCUAUAUGUAUCACAGCUUUCCAAUUAAAGUCUGUUACAAUCUCGGAAACCACUCCUACAGGAUGUAUCGUGCAACAGUCCCGAGGUCUAACCCUCUCGGUAUUCAUAUCCAUAUUUCUGGUAGAAUCAACGAUCGGAGGAUUGACAGUAAUCCGAGCACAUCAAUAUUUUCGCCAAUCAAGGGCACUGUGGGUCAGCCAAGUUUACAGAAGCGGUAUUCUGUACUGCAUUUGCAUACUUCUGUUGAGCCUGGCUAACAUCCUUCUUCUGUCUACGCCUUCGUCGGGGGUGUACAGGGCGAUUUUAAUCAGCCCUACGAGAGUCUUCCACUCUAUUUUUGGGAACCGUGUGAUGCUCUUAAUUCUCCGGCACCGAUAUAAUAUACUACAACGCAACCUGCCUGGUAGCGAAACCAAGACAUCGUCCAUAUAUCUUACUAGUGUGGUUGUGGAUUUGGGGUGGGAUACGAAUACCAGUGACAUAGAGCUACCAAAACGUAUGGAACGUGUGGAGGAGGGAGAGGAGGAUUAG